AUGAAGAAGGUAAUGAUCCCUUCGUUGGAUAUGAAAAAGAGCAUUUCCGUGAAGGUAGAUAGUGAUCUGACAUUGCUACUGUCCAGUGGAGUGUACGAAAUCAAGAAGAUGGAGCCCCGCUGGAGGUUCCGGCGACCGAUCAUCAUCUUCUGUCUGUUUCUCACCAUUGCCGGUAUCAUCGGCUUUGGUUACUACUGUCCGGAUCAGGUGUGCGCCCUUUCGCGCCGGGACGGUACCUCAUCGGCGGCCGGGCUCGGUAUGUCGGGCGGCAGUUCCGGCCUGGAGCUAACGGCCGGCUACGAGCACGACAAUCUCGGCAAACCGGUCCAGCAGAAUCUGCUGGCGAACCCGGGCCUCAGCUACGAGGAGGUGCUGAACGACGACUUCCAGUUCGACAUGAACGCGCACGACGUGAUGGUGUUUCUGCACAUCCAGAAAACGGGCGGCACCUCCUUCGGCAAACAUUUGGUGCGUGAUCUGGACCUGAAGCGCCCGUGCACUUGUCAGCGUAAAAAGAAACGUUGCUACUGCUUCCGACCGCACCGGAACGAGAACUGGCUGUUCUCGCGUUACUCCACCGGCUGGAAGUGUGGCCUACACGCGGACUGGACCGAACUGACCGGGUGCGUCGAUCAGGAGCUGGACAAGAACGAGGGCGAAACGGCCAAACGGCGCUACUUCUACAUCACGCUACUGCGCGAACCGAUCGCGCGCUACCUGUCCGAGUUCCGGCACGUGCAGCGCGGUGCCACGUGGAAAAAUGCCCGCCAUUGGUGUCUGGGGCGGCACGCAACGCCCGACGAGCUUCCGCCCUGUUACAAUGGUGCCAACUGGAAUGGUGUGGCGCUGGAUGAGUUCGCCGGGUGCGAAAGCAAUCUGGCCGCCAACCGGCAGACGCGCAUGCUCGCCGACCUGGCACUGGUCGGGUGCUACAACAAAACGUACAUGCCGGGUGCGGAACGGGACCGCAUCAUGUUGGCCAGCGCCAAGCGCAACCUAGCGGCCAUGUCCUACUUCGGUCUGACCGAGUACCAGAAGAUUUCGCAGUACAUCUUCGAGGAAACGUUCAACCUGCGGUUCGCGAUACCGUUCGAGCAGCACAACACCACCGUGUCGACGGUGACGAUGAACAGCCUGACACCGAGCCAGCGGGCCCGCAUCGACCAGCUGAACGCGCUCGACCUCGAGCUGUACGCGUUCGCAAAGAAGCUAAUGUUCCAAAGAUUCGAAAGACUCAAAGCCAAAGAUAACGACUUCGAGGUCCGGUUCGCGCAUCUGGGCAAUCUGGGCGUGCGGAGCGGCGUGACGGAGUUCAACUGGGACAGCAACAUUGACGACAUGCCUAGCAACGAGCAUCACUGA